UCAUUUUAGUUCUGCUUUGCUCGUUACAGUGUUUACACGUGCGUGUGGUGUGUGUUCUUUGUUUCUAUAGUAGAAUUAUUAUUAACUAGUGAUUAGCGAUGGCAUAAGUACCUCUAAUAACCAUUUUCUUUUUGACUUUUGUACAUUUGAUUAUAAUAAUCACGUAUACUCGUUUUUAACGUACUUUUUUUUUUCAAUCUGUAAAAGUUAGGUUAAUAUACUGCAACUUGAAUUUAAUUUAUUUAUAACUAUAAAAAAAAAUAAAUUAUCUUAUUUCGUUUCAUAAUUAAAAUAUUAAUUGUAUAUUCGGGAAGAAAGUAAAAGUCACAAAAAAAAAGAAAAGAAAAUAACGUGAAUGUUAGCUUAACGUUGAGUAGAAUAUUAAUAAAUAUUAUACAAAAUAAAUCAUGUUACGACCAACGAUUAUAACAAUAUUGUUUGUAUGUGGAUGGUCAACAAUAAUUUUGCCAGCCGAUUCGGCACGAAUUUUAGCAGUUGAGAUGACAGGAGGAAGAAGCCAUUGGAAUUUCAUGAGUUCGGUAUUGCGGUCUUUAAUAGAAAAAGAACACAAUUUGACUAUUUUUUCUCCAUUUACCGAUAUUGAUUUUUGUGGUGUGAACUGUUCUUUGAUAGAUACAUCUAAAGACUAUCCAACUAUAAGUUCAAUAAGCUUUGUAGAUGUCUUAAAAACAUUUAGUCCGACCACACAGCUUAUAUCUCAAGGCGUUAGUAUUACACGAAGUCGUUGUGACGCUAUGUUUAAUAACAAAGACAUGAAUAAGAUUUUAACGGUAAAAAAUAAUUCUGAUUACGAGAUUUUACUUAUUGAACCGAUUGCCAGCGAGUGUGCUUCACACAUAGCAGGCAUACUUCAAAUUCCUGUGGUGUACCUUAUCCCUUCGCCAAUGAUGACAUUCAUAGAACCAUUACUUUUUGGUCAUAUACCAAACCCUGCAGUUGUAUCCCAUAUAUUAAGUAACCAUGCAUUUCUCAAAACAUUUGGUCAGAGAUGUAUCAACGCAGCGCUAUUGGCAUACAGUUUGAUCGCAAGAGAAUACCACGAAUGGAUAAUUAAAAAAACUCAGCCACAGUCUUAUGAUUCGGUCGAAUCUAUCAAACCUUCGCUUGUUUUUGUCAACUCCCAUCAUAUUACUGAACAAUCGAGGCCAAUCCCACAAAAUUUGAUACCAAUUGCCGGUAUACAUCUCAGUCAACCAAAAACUAUAUCAAAAGAUAUACUGGAGUUUAUUGAGAACUCACCACAUGGAGUGAUUUAUUUUACAUUUGGCUCAGUCGUAGCAAUGUCUACAUUACCAGAUCAUAUUCAAAAUGCAUUCAAAGAAGCUUUAGCACAAGUACCUCAGAGGGUAUUAUGGAAAUACGAAGGAGAAAUGAAAGAUAAACCAAAAAAUGUAAUGACAAGUAAAUGGUUUCCUCAGCGUGACAUACUUUUGCAUCCCAAUGUAAAAUUGUUUAUUAGUCACGGAGGUAUAUCUGGUGUAUAUGAAGCUGUAGACGGAGGUGUUCCCGUUCUUGGAUUUCCCCUAUUCUACGAUCAACCUAGAAACAUAGACAACUUAGUUGAAGCAGGGAUGGGAAUUUCUAUGGACCUGUUAACAGUAGAAAAGGAUGAGCUAUUAAAAAAUAUCUUAGAUCUCACUAAUAAUGAAAAAUACGCGAAAAAUGCUAAAAUCAGCUCUGAAAGAUUUAAAGAUCGACCGAUGUCACCAGCAGAAUCAGUCGUUUACUGGACGGAAUAUGUAGUUCGUCAUAAAGGUGCACCACAUUUAAAAUCUCACGCGUUGAAUUUGACGUGGUAUCAAUACUUUUUAUUGGAUAUUGUUGUUGUUUUGUUAAUUUUUCUUUCUUUAGUCAUUUUUGUUACUUAUAAAGUUUUUAAAAUUAUUUAUUUCUACUUUUUAAAAUAUCUACAAAAUAUCAAACCAAAGUUAGAAUAAUGUGAGCACUAUCAUCUUAUUAAAUUAUUUAAAUAUAUUACAUAAUAAAAUAAAUUUUUCACAUUGAUAGCUGUUAA